AUGCUCGUAACCGGAUCGGAUCCUACGACCGUACCCGACAAUAUGAUCCGUGCCCAGAAAUCAAUUGAAAGAGUAUUGGAAGCGGAUGGCCGGAUACGAAGUCAGAUUCCUAUUUCAGGAAAUCAUUGGAAAGUCAUUGAUCCCGCCGGUUCUUGUCGUACAGCUUUGACAUGGGGAGUGUCGAAUAUUAUAUAUGACCGUCAUUUUUUAAUUUUUAACAACGAUGCGAUCGAUAUCGAUUCUUGUACUUAUUACUUUUGUUUUAACGAGCACAUGGGCUCUUAUACCAAUGUUGAAGAACGUCUUCGACGUACAAUUUGGGGAAAGAAUUUAAAAUUAGUAGAAGAGCAUAAUCAACGAGCUGAUCUUGGUCUUCAUUCAUAUCGACUUGGAAUGAAUAAAUUUGCAGAUUUGACUAAUGAAGAAUUUGUAAAAUUAUUAAACGAUGUUCAGAAAAAAGAUAUUCAAAAAGAUGCUCAACCAUUCAUAGGAAAUUCAAAUAUUGAAUUACCAGAUACUGUUGAUUGGCGUGAUAAAGGUGCUGUAGUUCCAGUUAAAAAUCAAGGUCAAUGUGGAUCAUCAUGGGCAUUUUCAGCAGUUGGUGCCAUUGAAGGUGCACAUGAAAUCAAAACAGGCAAACUUGUUUCACUAUCAGAACAACAAUUAGUUGAUUGUUCUGGGAAAUAUGGAAAUGAGGGUUGUAAUGGAGGAUAUAUGACUCAAUCAUUUCAAUAUAUCAAAGACGCUGGUGGUAUUCAAUCUGAUAAAACUUAUCCAUAUACAGGACGCGACGAUAAAUGUACCUUUAAUUCAUCAGAUGUUAUUGUUAAAGUUUGUGGAUUUGUUGAACUUCCAUCAGGAAAUGAAACAGCACUUCAACAAGCAGUAGCUUUAAUUGGACCAAUAGCAACUGCUGUUGAUUCUGGUGAUACUUCAUUUCAAAUGUAUAAAAGUGGUGUUUAUGAUGAUCCACGAUGUCAACCAAAAUAUCCCAAUCAUGGUAUUUUUAUUGUUGGUUAUGGAAAUGAAUCGGGUAAAGACUAUUGGCUUUUAAAAAAUAGUUGGGGUACUGAGUGGGGUUUGGAAGGCUACAUAAAAGUAGUACGAAAUAAAAAUAAUCAAUGUGGUGUUGCAACGAUGGCCAGUUAUCCAAUUUUGUGCUAA